AUGAUUUUAUUUUUAGUCAUAUUUUUUUGUAUUAUUUUAAUUUCCAAUACAAAUGGACUGGCUAAAAAAAAUCACAUGAAACGUGUAACACCAGGAUUCCUUAGCAAUGAAUUUGUUACUGGGUCUUAUCCGCUAAAUCGAGGUAAAGGGAAAUUGCAAAGCAGCCAAAAUUAUGGAUACAAUUUCAACAAACCACUAGAGCAUAAAAUAGAAGAGAUGAGAGAAAAUGUUAUAUCAAAAAAUAAAGAUCAACAUGAAUUUUUACAAGCCUUUGAAGAAGUAUUAACAUCUUUAAAACCUGUUUUUAAAAAAGAUAUUAUUUAUUUAGGAGUUUUAGAAAAUAUAGCGGAACCAGAAAGGGUUAUACAAUUCCGUGUCCCUUGGGUAAAUGAUCAAGGAGAGCAUAAAAUAAACAGAGGGUUUAGAGUUCAAUAUAGUUCUGUGUUAGGACCAUAUAAAGGGGGUUUAAGAUUUCAUCCUACUGUUAAUUUAAGUGUUAUAAAAUUUUUAGGGUUUGAGCAAAUAUUUAAAAAUAGUUUAACUACAUUACCUAUGGGUGGAGGAAAAGGAGGAUCUGAUUUUGAUCCCAAAGGAAAAUCAGAUAAUGAAAUUUUGAAAUUUUGUCAAUCCUUUAUGGAUAAUUUAUUUAGAUAUAUCGGACCUAAUACGGAUAUACCAGCAGGAGAUAUAGGAGUAGGUUCAAGAGAAAUUGGAUAUUUAUUUGGUAAAUAUAAAAAAUUACAAAAUAAAUUUGAAGGUGUAUUAACAGGUAAAAAUAUAAAAUGGGGAGGAAGUAAUAUUAGAUCUGAAGCUACUGGAUAUGGUGUUGCUUAUUUUGCAGAAAACGCAUUAAACAGUAUGAAUGAUAAUUUAAAAAAUAAAACUUGUGUAGUUAGUGGAAGUGGUAAUGUUGCUCAAUAUUUAGUAGAAAAACUAAUUGAGAAGGGAGCAAAAGUAUUAACUAUGAGUGAUAGUAGUGGUUAUAUAUUAGAGCCAAAUGGUUUUACAAAAGAACAAUUAAAUUAUAUUAUGGAAUUAAAAAAUGUUAAACGAGAAAGAAUAAAAGAAUAUUUAAAAUAUUCUAAAACAGCAAAAUAUUUUGAUAAUGAAAAACCAUGGAAUGUACCUUGUGAUAUUGUAUUCCCGUGUGCAACUCAAAAUGAAAUUACUGAAAAUGAUGCUGACUUGUUAAUAAAAAAUAAUUGUAAGUUAUUAGUGGAAGGUGCAAAUAUGCCUACACAUUUAAAAGCCAUCCAUAAAUUAAAAGAAAAUAAAAUAGUAAUAUGUCCAUCAAAAGCUGCUAAUGCAGGAGGGGUAGCAGUAAGUGGAUUAGAAAUGAGUCAAAAUUCCAUGAGGUUACAAUGGACUUCUGAAGAAACAGAUCAAAAACUCCAAAAAAUUAUGAAAAAUAUUUAUGAGCAAUGUUGUGAUGCAUCUCAAAAAUAUAUGGGUGAAACCGAUUUAGUUGCAGGGGCAAACAUCGCAGGAUUUUUAAAAGUUGCUGAUUCGUUCAUCGAACAAGGUGGUUUAUAA